CGCAAAGAUGUUUUGGUUUAAUAUUAACAGACGGUUUAGCGACUUGUCCGAGUUCACCGCAUUUUAUUAUUCACAUGAACGAAAUGCUUUCUACUUUUUCUUCCACGAAAGCGUCCAGUAAUUCACAUUGUUUCCUGGUUGGUAAACAUGUGCUACAUGAGAAAGUAGCGGAAAAUGUGUUUAAAGCUUCCAACCUGCACAGCGGCAAACAUCUGUUCUGUAAGGUGUUUCCUAUUAGUAGAUAUGUCCAGGCCCUGGCUGUGUACUUUCAUCUUCCUCGUCAGCCCCACCUACACCAUCCAUCUGAAAUCAUCCUUGGACACUCUAUGGCUUACGUUUUCUUUGAACAUACGUUUGGUAAUAUGUACAGACAUGUUCAGUCCUCACAAGGCUUGUGUGAAGAUGAAGCUUUGACGCUCUUUCAUCAGAUAGUCUCUGUUGUGGCACAUUGUCACAAUAAUGGUAUAGUCCUGCCUAGACUGAAAAUGAAGAAUUUUGCUUUUAAAAAUAAAGACCGAACUGAGUUGGCACUGUGCACCCUUAAAGAUGCAUAUAUUAUAGAAAGGGAUGAUUUUAUAUCAGGCAAGCACAGCUGUCCGGUCUAUAUCAGUCCAGAGAGCCUACAGCCAGGGAGCUCAUUCUCAGGAAAAUCAUCAAAUGUAUGGAUUCUUGGAGUUAUAUUGUACACUAUUCUGGUUGGAAGUCAUCCUUUCACACACACAAACCUCAAUGGGCUGUACAGAAGGAUCCAGAAGUGCAAAUUCUUUCUUCCAGAGCUUCUCUCACCUAAAGCCAAGUGUCUCAUAUGUAGCAUCCUUAGACCAAACCCUUCAGAGCGACUAACAGCAGAGGAAAUCUUGUCCCAUCCUUGGUUUUCCUCUACCAGUUACUCUCAGUAUAUGUGGAGGAAGAUGUUCUACGAAGAGGAAGAUCAAAAAGUUCCAUCUUUAUAGCAAAUUAGCAGAGACUCAUUACCUUGUUUAGUCUAUAGACCAUUUUUUAAAUUCUUCUAAGAACAUAGUUUAGGGUAUUAAAAAUUGACUUUUAACUACAUUUAUAUCUACAUUCUUUGGUCAUUUUAUCGGGUACAUUUACCAUAUAAUGUAUGCUCUGUAUACUCUGUUGGUAUAUAUUUACUGACUGUAGUUUAUCUGUUGUUAUACACAAAUGAUCAGGUACUGUUCCAUCAAUAUAAAGAGACCACCAAAGGAACACUCGGCACGUUUUGUUUAUUUUUUGGACUGUUCUAAGCCCACUAGAAUCAUUGAGGUUUAUUUAAUCCCCCCAAAAACCCCAAUGCACUACUGAGAAUGGUGUGGAGAAUACAUAGGAAUAUCUGCUCUUUGGUGGUCAGUGAAAAUGGGAUUCCGUUCAUUAACUAAUGGAAGGGUCAGUAAGUGUAUACCCACAAAGGCACGAUAAGUACCUCAAUAAAGUAACUUUGUCUAGAUUA